GAUCCCCAGGGUGAUUCUUUUGAUGAGCCUUGUUCAUCUCCACAAGAUGUGGAGGAAAAGGCCAACUCAGGAGAUGCCAAAUAUGCAAUUGUGUUCCCAAGGAUGAACAAAAUUGACAAGGCAAAGGGAGCCACCAGUCCAUCUACUAGCACCAGCACAGGCGAUGGAGGCAGCACAGAGCGUAAACCACCAAAGCCUGGUGCUCGACUGGUUCUUCCAGUCAAGCCAGACCUUAGCCUACUAAGGUCCAUCAAGAAAAACACUCAGGGGAGUGAAAGUGAUAAGAAUAGCAGUCCAAACUCUCGAGUGACUGAGGGACAGCCAGAGGUCAAAGCAGACAACAAAGAGCCAAUAUUAGGGAUCAACGGUGGUACAAGUAUAUUACAAGCCGCCAAGGGAAAACUUGGGGUAUCGCAAGUAAACAUCACCAAGUUGUCUAUGUCAAAACCUUUGAUUAAAGGUGUAAGUGUGGGACAGAGCAAAGAAGUGGAGAGGAAUAUAAGGAAGGCAGAUUUAUCAGCAGAGUCCGAGACAAGGAGGAAUGGAGUGACGCAACCUUCUUAUGAGGAAGAUGCAGACCGAGAGGUGGCGGAGCUGAUGGGUGAGGGUCUUUUGCCCUCCGCUAUGGAGCUACACUGGGCUCAGAAUCAACAGAUGUGUGAUGAUCCUCAAGACUGGCUGCGUUCAGAAAACCUCCUGCCCCAUCAAACGGUGGAGAAGCUCACUAAAUGGACGGUGUAUCAAGAUGAUGAACAUGCUCACAUCAUUCCAGUCCAUAAUGGAAAAGGCCCAUGGGAAUCCGAAGAUCCGACCCAAAAAAUGCUAGAGGAGAGACUUAACAGCACACAGGUAAUGAUGCCAGGAAGCAGCCAAGCUGUGGAGGUGGAUGAGGUGGAAGAUUUGGCACAGCUGGAAGAGGUGUGUGAGAGUUCUGUUCUGCUGAAUCUGAAGAAGCGAUUUCAUCGGGAUUCCAUUUAUACGUAUAUUGGCAAUAUGCUUCUGUCCAUCAACCCCUUCAAGCUUCUCAGCAUCUACACUGAGGAUCUGAGACAGCAGUACCAGGGUAAAGAGAAGCACAAUAAUGCUCCUCAUAUAUAUGCCAUAGCAGAUGCUGCCUUUUGCCAAUCUCAGAAUUCCACCCAGGAGCACUGCAUCAUCAUAAGUGGGCAAAGUGGAUCAGGCAAGACAGAGGCUGCCAAGCUCAUUGUCCACUACCUGAGUUCCAUGUAUCAAGGCAGAAACGAUAAAUUACGCCAGCCAAUGGAUGUUUUGCCCAUUCUUGAGAGCUUUGGUAAUGCCAAGACUAUACUGAAUAACAACUCUAGCCGAUUUGGAAAGUACCUACACAUCCACAUAUGCCAUGGUGUUGUUGUCGGGACAUCAUUGUCAAAAUAUCUCCUUGAAAAAUCACGAAUUGUCUUCCAGGCCAAGGAGGAGAGAAACUACCAUGUGUUUUAUGAGCUGUUGGCUGGGAUGAAUGAGUGGGACAAGCAGGAUAUUUACCUGCAAGGAGCUGAAACGUACUUCUACCUCAACCAGGGCAGGGCUUGUGAGCUACAAGGGAAGCAUGACAAGCAAGACUUCCUGCUCUUGGUCCACUGCUUGGAGACAAUUGGUUUACAUGCAGAUCAACUAGCAACCAUUUGGGGCAUUCUGUCAUCAAUCCUGCAACUGGGCAACAUUUGCUUUAGCUCCUAUGAGAGUGAAUCGUUUGAGGUCGCCCGUAUUUUUAGUGAAGCUGAGGCUCGGAGAGUGGGAAACCUCUUGCAGGUGUCCGCAGAGGCCUUACAGACAGUCAUCACACACCGGGUGACUGAAACAACUUAUGAUAGGAUCUACUGCCCUCUAUCUGUGGAAAGUGCCAUUGAAUCCAGAGAUGCCAUUGCCAAGACGCUGUAUUCUGUGCUGUUUGACUGGAUUCUUGAACGCAUCAAUGACUGGUUGAUCCCCACAGAGAUGGACAGCACCGUCGGCAUUGUGGAUAUAUACGGCUUUGAGGACCUAAGUGUGAACAGUUUUGAGCAGCUGUGCAUAAACUUUGCCAACGAGCAGCUGCAACAGUUUGUGAACAAAGCCCUGGUGGCCCAAGAGCAGGAGGAAUACAGUGCAGAACAGAUUCAGUGGUAUCCAAUAGUUCUGGGAGACUCUAAUGGCUGUCUGGAUCUGAUCUCAGCACGGCCGUAUGGUAUUCUUCGCAUCCUGGAUGACCAGACUUGCCUUCCUCAAGCUACAGACCACACAUUCUUGCAAAAAUGUCACUAUCACCAUGGCAACAGUCCCUACUACACCAAGCCCAAAAUUCCUCUGCCAGUGUUCACAAUAUAUCACUAUGCCGGAGCUGUCACGUACCAGGUGCACAACUUUCUAAAUAAAAAUCAUGACCAGUUUCGGCCUGAAGUAUUAGAGCUUUUUGCCCGCAGUCGUUCACAGAUGGUGUCAGGUCUCUUCCGGAAGGUUCAGGAGCGUCACGUCCAACAGAAAGAGCUAGGAAGAGCAAGAGGUUACAGGAACCAGAUGACAACGGUAGCUGCUCACUUUCAGCAGUCACUUCUAGAGCUCACCACUCGUUUGGAGAGGUGUAAAACUACAUUCAUACGAUGCUUUAAGCCCAACUAUGUUAAGCUUCCAGGAAUAUUUGAUGUAGACUACAUAGCCACACAGCUGAGGCAUGGAGGGAUACUGGAGACCAUUCACAUACGAAAAGAAGGAUUUCCGAUUCGCAUCCCCUUUGCUCUGUUCAUGGAGAGGUAUGGUGUGUUAUUAGCCCAGAGAUCAGAAAACCAGUCUUGUGAAGAGCAAGUAGUGACUUUACUGGAGACUGUAGGAGCAGAGGAAGGCCAGUACCAGCUUGGACUCACUAAGGUGUUUAUGAAGGAGACUCUGUUCCAGCGGGUGGAGGAAAAAUGGAGUAGCACCCAAACAUGGGCAGCAGUCACCAUCCAGAGAAACAUUCGUGGCUUCAUCUGCCGAAGAAACUUCCGUUUCUUUAAACAAAAGGCUAUUGUCCUCCAGUCCCACAUCAGGGGCCACCAAGCCCGGAAGUACUACAAGAAACUGAAACAAUCCUUCACUCAGUUCUGGGCAGCUAUAAUGAUCACCAGAGACACCAUUAAGAGACGUCAUUGGAGAGAACAUAGUGAUAGAACCCGAGUGAAGGAAGCAGCAAAACCUACAUAUACCUCUUCAGAGAUGGAUGUGGGAAUAUUGGAGAUCCCGGCAGAACUGUCGGCCAGAUUGCGCAGUGCAGCGGGGCGUCCUCAAGGAUCAGGGGUGACUGAAGUAUCUCUACCAAAGGUCAAAGCAGAACACAACCUCUCAUUGCCCCUAGACAUUGACAGACACCCUUUCUCCCAAUAUGCCAACACAGUCCUGAAGGACGGAUGGUGCCAACCGCAGGGUUACCCACUUCAGAAGUCUUUGACAUCUCUGGACCCUGAUGAUGCCCGUACAGCUCUAGAAAUCUAUAAACUGAUCCUGCGUUUCACAGGCGACUCAGAUCUGAUUGGCUGGCAAGAGCAGAUGUUGGGGAACUACAUUGUGGAGAAGAGCCAAACUCGGCCCAGCAUGCGAGAUGAGAUUCUAUCCCAACUGGUCUACCUCACUUGGGACGGGGAUAAAGAGGAGAGUGUCCUGCGGGGCUGGUUGCUCCUGGCCUGCUGUCUGAGUGCCUUCACACCAUCUCCUGCCCUGGAGAAACCCUUGCUCAAGUAUGUGUCCGACCAAGGUCCAGGGGAGUACCGCUCCCUGUGCCAGCACAAGCUCCUCACAUCCCUCCAGCUCCCCUCUCCUGCCUGCAGGCAGCACCCUCCGAGUCAACUUGAGUGGACAGCCAAUCAGAGAAAGGGAAAGAUGGUGGUGGAGGUCAACACUUUCAUUGAGGAAAGGUUAACUGUGGAGGUGGAGUCUUGGACCACAGGGGAACAACUGGCUUCUUGGCUUCUUAGCUACAGAGGUCUGACUGAAGCUACACGGGGUUGGUCUGUGUCUCUGUUGGCUGGGGAGGGCUGGACCGACCUGGCAGGCUGUGACUUUGUCAUGGAUCUCCUGGCUGGAGUGGAGGCUGAUGUGCCCCUGGGUCACCCACCUGCUCAAACCGAUUACCUGUUUAGUGACACAGGCGACAGGAUGGCAACCACAGACCUGGAUGACUUUAUACCACCUGCUCCCCCUAUGCAGGCCCCUGGUCUCCCCUCCUUUGAAGCAUCUCCAUGGGACACCUAUGAACCCUCUUCCACAUCCCAGAGAUCUCGUGGUCGGCAGAUGGAUGCUUAUGUUGAUGAUCUCUUUGAUCCUGUGUUUGAUCAAGGUCCUCCGGACUUUGAACGGAUGGCCAUGCUGAAUCGCAGAAUGAGAGGAGGAGGAGGUAUGAUGCCCAGCAUGUACACCGGAGCAGGAAUGCAAAUGAAUCCUGCCAUGGCUGGCUAUGCUCCAAUGAUGCCAAACAUGAUGCAAGCUACCAUGCCUAUGAUGCAGCCCAUGCCACCUAUGAUGAUGCCACAAGCCAUGCCACAAGCCAUGCCUGCCGCCGCACCGGCUAUCAAUACACAGCAAAUGGCUGCUCAACAGCAGGCCUUUAUCAAUCAACAGGCUCAACUUCUAGCUCAGCAGAUGACCAUGCAGGCAAUGACACUGUCCCAGAAGCAACAGCAGGAAGAGAUGCGAAAACGUGAGAAGGAGUCACAGAGAAAGUCACCACGCCAGCGACGGCGCUCUCCUCCACGUGCACGUUCACCUUCACGCUCACGCUCACCCUCACCCAAACCCCGAAGCCGCCCCCAGGCAGAAAGAACCAUCCCUCAGACUGCGAAAAAAGCCUCAGAGCCCCCUCCAAAGCCCCGCAGCCCUGAGGCGCAGCCUAAAACAGAUGUGGAUCUUAAGGCCCCGGAAGAUCAAGGGUCCUUUCAAGAGAAGAGGAAUUUUUUUCAAAAGAUUGGUACGUCAGAAGCCCGCCCUAAAUCUGCGCCAAAGGUUGCUAAGCCACUGAUAUACGCCACUCCACCGGUGUCCCAACCCAAAUCACCUCUUCCAGUAAAGACUGAAGUGAAACCAUUCCCAGAACCUCCUGAAAAUCAAGAACCUGAACCAGAAUCUCCAGAACCCACAUCUCCUAAACCAGAACCUACCAGCAACAUUAGAGAGAUCAUUAAGCUGUACCAGAAUCGGCCCACUCCAGAACCUAAAGCCUACGAGCCUGUCAGGGUUCCAGCCAAGCACUUUGUAAAGAAAAAUGACCCCAAAGAAGAGGCACUGGCCAUUCUCAAAGCUCAGGGACCUGUCACUAAACAGAAGAAACAGUGGAAAGAGAUGCCUCCUCCGGCCCCUGAGUCCCAUGGCCCUCGCCCUAUCUCCAAUGAAAUGAAACAGAAGCAGCGCUCACUAGCUGAUCUCUUCGGCUCGCAGCGCUCGCAGCGCUCACAGGCUCUGCCUCGAGUUCUUGACCCCAUCCCUCCUCCACCUCCCAGAAUCCCUGACCCGCCACCGACACCUGCACCUGGACUUAAUCAGUUCAGCUGGAUGGCAGAGGAGGAGAGCGUUCGCUCCCAAUUGCACAGAUUCUCUGCCAGCGUCUACUUCUCCUACCCCAGUAUGCCUGCCAAACUCUUCCUGCGCAAGGAGCUAUUUUAUCCCAGAGAAAAAUUCAACCACCCAUACAUCCUUAAUUUACUCUGCGAGCAGAUCAUGCGAGACACUUACUCGGAUUCUUGUCUGAGGAUUUCACGUGAGGAGCGGCGUAAAAUGAAAGACCUGUUGGCGAGCUUCCAUAUCGGAACCAGCAUCAGUUCUCUAGAUGAUGACGCCAUGAAGAAAAGAAUUGUCAUGGCAGCAAGAGACAACUGGUCUAAUUACUUUUCACGUCUCUUUAAUGUGAAGCUGGGGAAUGGAGAUGCACAGGUUCUGGGAGUGUCUCAUCGAGGAAUCAGACUGCUGAAGGUGGCCAGAGCUUCAGGCAUAAAUCCCAAACACCUCAAACUGCUCCACAGCUACAGUUACUCACAGAUGUUGUCGGUACAGCAGCAAGAGGCUGGAAAAGUUGUGAUCACUUUAAGUAAUGAAGAAUUGGAACUUCACUCCCAACAGGCUCCACAGAUCGCUGCUGUGAUUCGUCUCUUCCUCAUGGAGCUGAUUAAGAACUCAGACUAUGUGAUCGCUGUGAAGAGCUACGUAACAGAUGACAGGAGCUUGCUGAGCUUUCACAGAGGCGAUGUCAUCAAACUGUUAAACAUGGACGGACUCAAUGAUGGAUGGAUGUUUGGUUCCAGUGGGGGCCGUUCUGGACUCUUCCUGUUGGACGUCACUCAGCCUUGUGCCCCACCAGACUACCACAGCAACAACAUGGAGCGGCAGCUUGAACGAAAAAAGAGUAUGAGAUUCACUGGCUCUGCCCUCAACGUACCUGCCAAUGGCCCCGUCACCAACAUUCCUGUCAAUGGCACUGUGACCAACGUACCUGCCAAUGUCAUUGUGACCAAUGUACCUCCCAAUGGCUCCGUCUCUAACAUCUAUGUUGCCCGCUCCGUGGCUACCAGCAGUGAAAACAGUGUGGAGGUGGCAUCCAUCCACAGAUCUGAAUCAGAACGUCAGCAUUAUAUCAUGACUGAGUUUGCUAGGAAGUUCUUCGCUGAUUCUAUCACCAGACCAAACAUGAAAGACAAAAAUCUAAAUGAGAUGGUGGGAUACACUCCAAAUCCCAUUCAGGAAUCACUGAUCCUUUUCUCAGACAAUGAUCUCAAUCGUCUGGGUUGUCAAAACUUCAUAUUUUUGAUGCAGUUUAUGUUGGAUCAGCCUAUGAAGAAAAAUCAGACAGAGAGUGACUGUUUAAACUUCAUUUUGCAGCUGGGAAAAGAGAAGGAGUUCCUCAGGGAUGAGAUCUACUGUCAGGUCAUCAAGCAGACCACCAAACAUCCAGUCAAGGAGAACUGCACCCGUGGCUGGCGUUUGUUCCGUCUGGUGACUGGAUUCUUCCCCUGUUCCAACACUCUCCUUCCGUAUUGCACCCGCCACCUGGAGAACAUCUUUCAGGAUGCCAACCACCCUUUUCAAGAACUGGCAAAUGUGUGUGCAAUGAAUCUCAGACGAUCACUCAGUUUUGGAGGACGCAGGCACAUCCCUUCACAUUCAGAGAUGGAGGCCAUUUUGGCUGUGAGGAACUGUCGUCGGCUGCCCAUCAUGCUGCCUGAUGGAACCGAAUUUCCCUGCAAGAUUCACAGUUUUAGUGUUGCAUUUGAGGUGGUACAAGACUUUUGCGCUGAGAUGGGUGUCAUAAAUACAGCAGAAGUGAAGGAAUUUUCCAUCUAUGCUACUAAAAAAGGGGGUGAUGUGACACGCCCAAUCCACUCCGAUGAGUAUCUAUUUGACUUCCUGCUGGAUGAUGGCUCGAUCUCCCUCUCCUUUCAUCGAAUAAUCUGGAAACAGCCACUCCGGUUCAGCAAUGAUCUUUACCUGGGGUUCCACUACCAGCUGUUUGUGUCUAAUUACCUGCAAGGGAGGCUGUUGCUGCCCAUGAACAGCUCUACAAUCUACCAGCUGGUGGCAGAGUUGACCGCUCUCCAACACCUUGCACUUGGACUGACUGAUCUACCAUCCAACUCUGAGGUAAAGCAGUACCUUCCCCGGAAGGAUGGGCUCAACUCCAGUGAUGAAAGGCUUCUUGCUACUACACGGGCACAAUUUUCUACCUUAGGCCCCCUCAGCCCUCUUGAUGCCAAAGCCCGCUUUAUCAAAAGUGUCAGUUCGCUACCUUUCUUUGGAUUUGAUAUAUUCACUGCUCAGAAAGUAAGUCAUUCCAGCUGCCCCUCUCCCUCGCUGAUCGCUGUCAACCAUGAAGUUAUCACGAUCAUUGAUCCCAAAUCACAGAACGCAUGUUUGACAGUGUCUCUAGAGGAUGUGCAGUCCUUGCGCUCAAUCAGUCCCAAAAAAGACAAGCUGCAAUCAGUUCAGAUCCUCUUUAGUGGCCAAACUCAACCCAGGACUCUCAGCUUCAAUCUAAAGCAGGCAAAAGAACUAUGCCAUACCAUUGCUGUGAUUAUAGAAGAGGUGGUGAAACCCUCCUACAGCAGCAUGUCCAGUCGGGCCGGAACCCCAUUUUAAACAACCGACAAAUGCAAACAUCACCUAAUAUCCCAUGACUUAC